AUGUUAAAAUCAGGGGUAGCAGGAAUUUAUCGUUUGAGUAAAUCUUUGGGUUUUUUUGGUAUAGAGUUUUUUUUGUUUUUGUCUUUUUUAAGUUUAGUAGUUUGUUCUUUUAUUUGUAUGAGUCAGAGUGAUUGUAAGUGUUUAGCAGCGUAUUCAUCGAUGUGUCAUAUGGGUUUUGUUGUUUUUUCUGAAAUUUUUAAUGUAUGGAUGUCUCUUGUUGUUAUGUUAGCUCACGGCUAUACUUCUGUUAUAAUAUUUAAUUUUAUUGAGCAACUGUAUCAUUUAUGUGGAAGUCGUUUGGUUUAUUAUUUACGGGGUUAUUUUAAUUUAAAUUUUGUUAUAAUGUCUAAUUUUAGUUUUCCUAGUAAGGGUCGUUUUUUUCUUGGUGUUUUUAUGGUUUUGAUAAGUUACAAUUUUUUUUGGUUUGGUUAUAUUAUUUAG